UCUGAGGAAAGAGAAGUUAAAGCAAAAAAUUUCCAACCUCAAAUGCUGCAAUAACAAUAAAUGUUAGUGAGGGGAAAAGAGUGUAGACAACCAGUUCACAGAGAAUGCCAAACAGUUUAUGGCUUUUUCAAAAGUCUGGCCAACAUUUAGUACCUCGAUAACCAAGCAAGCAGGCAGAGAGUCGGCCGUCCGUUCAGCUCAGUGCUAGCGUAGUGUACAAUAUUGCGAUUUAUACUUGAAACGUAGAGCGCGACGUAGAUCUCAAGAUGUUUGCAGCAAGAUUGCCAGUGAGCUAAUGGCAAAACAUCGGUGCAGCAAUACCGCAAAGAGGCCAAAAACGCUAUGAAAAGUCGAGUCGAGAGGCAACUAGUUUCAAUCAGAGCGCCGCUCAAUCGAGUGUAGAGCAAAAAUAUGUACGCCAAAGAGUUUGAGAGAAAAAUUGAAUCGAAUUGAGAGGAUGAUUGAGCGAGCGAGCUGCUGUGGAAUUUCAUGGCUAAUAAAUAUAUGUAUGCUAAUAAACAGCUUGUUACAGCAACGCGCAGCAUCACCUCCUGUUUGUAAUCAGAGCAGAAGCAAAACAAUAACAAACACUCGAUUGAUAACAAUUUCACUGAUAGUUGGUAGUUUUGGAUCGCGCGCAGCUAUUUCGAGCCGGAAAAUUUAAAUGAACUUUACAGCUGGAACGCCUAACGGCGGGUGCAUAAUUAUUUAGUAUUGCCAGUGUUACAAUUUUAAAUCGACAUAACGACAGCGUAUCGCUGUGAUCAAGCACCAACAACGACGAGUGGCAUUUGCUGCCUAGGAAGGCAACUAAACCGCAGCCCAAAAUGGACAAAGAAAGCUGAAGUGUUUUUGUAUCUUUUGUGUUUUGUCUUUGUGUUGUUUGUUAUCCGAUAUUUCGAUGACGAGAUGAAGAAACGAAAAUGCUUUCUUCGGUCUGGUAUUAAUUAAUUAUUGAGCAACAAUGGCUGAAGUAGCAUAUUUGCAUACGUGUAGACGGGACAGGUGGAAAUUAAUGCGACAGAUGAAGCUAAUAGUGGAUAGUGUUACUUCAUGGCAGGCCAGGCAUCAUCGACUUCAUUAGCAACUAUGUGAUUUUUUUUUAAUAGCUGCUACAUUUUUUUUUUGUGGUGUUUAUUCGGUGCAUUUGAGGAUUUGUUUUUAGAAAGCGUUCCAAUUUACAUGAAUAAAAUAUUUAUUCCACUCUACACUUCGAGCCGGUUGGACCAGCGCGCGUCUUAGUCGAAAGUGAGCGUGUGCAGUGAAGGUGCAUUGUACGAUAAAACGUAACAAGCGAAACGUCCAACUGAAACGAAACAGGUACAAUAGUACACUUGUGGUUACAAAAAAGUUGUGCGGCAGCGUGCUGGCCUGUUAAUAAUCCAACAAACUGAAUAAACCAUAUCGACUUAAAGGCUUGUGAAGUUGCGCCCAUGCGCAUGCGCGUCCACAGUGAAACUUGUUUAUGCCUCCUCCGUGUGUCGUAAUCCGCGAGUUUUGCCUUCCGUAUAUUUGUUUUAUUAUUGAUUCAAAUUAUCGAUACAGUUAAUACUCGUAGUCAAAAGCAUACGCCAAACAUAUCUACUCGUAGUUACACAUCAGCGACAAGUAUACGCGCCACGGCAGCUUUCUAACGGAGGACCGGAUCAACCGAUUUCGCCGCUCAACGUUAUUGACUUUGCAAGCGGUGCGGCUGGACACCCCUUUGUUGUCGUUAACGAACCUCUGCGUCUAAUUUGAAUUUCAAAUUUCUAGCGACAAGUACGUUACUGCGCACUUUCGAACGCUUUGAAACAGUUCCCAAGACGCUCGGAGCAUCGCUGUCGCCGCCAUUAGCGUUGUAACUCAUUGGAUUGAGUGGCCGGCCGUUUGCUGAGCUUCGUUUGAACGCUUGCAAUCAGCACGGCAGAAGCGCAUUUAUCGCGCACCGGUCAAACGGUCAGCAGUCACAUACAUUUAACCACUCGGCGGUCAUCAUAUACGCUGCGUGAUCAUCAUUUAACCAUAAGACACAAUAGUAGUGAUUAUUUGAAAAAAAAAACGCGUGAAUUCUUCAGUGCAAUAUUCGUAAUAUUCUUUGCCAUUCGCUAAAAGCUGCACAACUGCAACAAUAUGAGUCGCGCAUCGGUAUUAUUCAUUCUUUUGUCGUUGGUCAUUGUCAAUUCCGGCGACAACAAUCACAGCCAUCACAGCAACAAAACAAACAACAACAUCAACUAUAGUAGUAGAAUUAAUUCAUUCCAUCAUCCAUACAGCAGCAUCAACAACACAAAAAUAGUAAAUCAUCCAGUUUCUAGCGUAGGUGCUGCUGCUAGCGUCAAACAAGAAUCACAACAACACCAAGAACAACAAGAACCACAGCGCGGCAAGAGAGCCUCCGCCGACUUUCAGCUGGAUGAAGCGGAAAUCGCGCGUCAAAAUCAGAUUACACAACAAAUAUUUGCCAAGUACUUAGAGCGACGGCUUUUCCCACAUCGCAGCACAAAUGAACGCAUACCCACCAUUUCGGAAAUACUACCCAAACCCUCCUCAUCCACAACGCAACGCCCACGACCGCGUGGCUUCUCCUCCGCUGAAGCUUUCCGUAGUUUCCGACGUGGCGGUGCUACUGCGAAAACAUCCGGACGCAAGCGAUAUGGCAACGGCGGGCAAAAACAAAACCAACGACAAAGAGGUGGUGGCAAUGGUGCUCAUCGUCAACAAUUAGUCGAAGCGCCUGAGCCCGAACCUGAGGAACAAGAUACAGAACGAUCACUACAAAAGCCCGACUAUUAUACGGACAUCAAUGCCGACGACGUCGAUGAAGUAGUGGCCGACGAUGGUCAAGAAUCAUUGCAAAGUGUCGAAUCGGAACAACAUGAUCAGUACUAUAGCGAUGUGUUCAAUCGCGAUCCAAGCGAAAAUGAGAUUGACAGCGAUUGUCCGAACUGUGUGGACGAGUCUCAAUACACGAACAAAUGGACAAUGCCGCUGCUGAAACUGGGCGAGAAGCGUUACUACCUCGGCAUCUUCUUCAAGGCGAAUUGGUUCAAAGCGUCUCAAUAUUGCCGAUACCAUGGCAUGCAUUUAGCGAGUAUUGCAUCACAAGAAGAGAAUGACAGACUGGAAAAACAUAUCCGCGACUUUGGUUUCGGUCACGAACACUUCUGGACUUCUGGCACUGACUUGGCCGAUGAGGGCAUCUUCUUUUGGAUGGCCAACGGUAGACCCAUAACAUUCACGAAUUGGAAUGCCGGCGAACCGAAUAAUUUCCGUUACGAGAAUGGCGAGGAGGAGAAUUGCUUGGAGUUGUGGAAUCGCGAUGGCAAGGGGCUGAAAUGGAACGAUUCACCGUGCAGUUUCGAGACGUAUUUUGUGUGCGAAGUACAAGCGAAUUAACGACGACAAGGGUGUUGAGUGAGUGGCGCUUAAAAAGCAAAAAAAAAA